UCUUUUCAAUGUGGGUAUCACAUUUCUGUCGUAAAUCGCACUUUAUUAUGCCUUCUUUCAGGUUCUUGUUCUGCAUUUACUACUCAUCUGGAGGCUUUAUUUAGUUUGGGAUCAUAACUUGAUCCUUGCUAUUGUUAUGGUAAGCACUAUUGUCGUGGCUUUUACGUGUGUCUAGAUCGCCAGCUAAUUCUGGAAACUGGAACCUCUGUGGGCCUGUUCACAUGAGUUGGCUGGCAGUUCAACAUUACUUUCAUGCAUAGCAACUGCUAUCGCGACCUGUGCUAUGGUCAUGCGGCUCGGUGUCGUCAUUACACGAGAUUUCGAGACUUUGUUAAAAGCUUGUUUCACGUUCAACUUCGUUCUCACUAUUUGUCUCGCGUCUGGGAACGCAUAUCGUCCUUGGCGCGCGGGAAAAGAUACGUUUGGUUUGACGCAUAUGCCUACAAACCUGCAAUAUACACUAUCACUCAGUACGGUGCGAUCUAUACCAGCAGCAUCGUGGUAAGGUGCGCUCUACACCUCUCCGGGAGCCGCGCUGGCGUCAUGGCAGAUUACGUUGGUGUCCAGCUUGCCACCUUGACACCUCUUCUUCUCAUCGCCAAUCUUAGCCUUGGUGUGAUGCAUGGAGAACAUAACGAGGCACCAGAUAUUGUGGGACCCACCUUCGCUCAACCAGUCCAGGUCGAUAUUGCUGAGAAGAUCCGUACCCACCCUGACUGACACCAUAGAUCCACGACCUACCCGGAGGAAUCAAAAAUUCAAGUUGCCGGCAUAUGGUGACGCUGGAAAGGGACAUUGACUAGGAGCACCUCAUUAGUUUUUCCUUCAAAUGAGUGGACAUGUCAAUAAGCAUGGAUUUUGCAGUGCUCGGUGUUGCG